UAACGGAGACUCAAAUUCCAAACUGAAGAACAAAGAGAUAGGAAGAGGAAAUUGAUUAAAGCUGAAACACCAUCGUAUUUCAAUCUCUUUCCAGUCUCUUUCUCUCUGUCGCCGUGUGCCUGGGCCUGAAUUAUUAAGGCAGAGGUUCCUCUGCCUUAGCCACUCUCGCAAUGGCAUUCCAGGAUUUCGACCAGAUAUCCGAACGCCGAAAGGCUGAGAGGGCACGUAAAAUGAGGAAGAGAAUUAUCAUUGCAGUUGUCGUCGUCGUCCUGCUUAUUCUGAUUGCUGUCGGAGCCUAUUUACUUUUGAACAAACUUAAUAGUAAGAAGGGCAAUGCUAAGCAAGACAAAACAGCCAAUUCUAAGCCUGCUCCGGCAAAAGCUCAACCCAAGAACGAUCAAGCCAAGAAGAAAGUGCCGGCAAAAGGUGAGAAGAUCAUGAAGCAGAUGUGUGGUGCAACGGACUACAAGGACAAGUGCGAGAGCAUCAUCGGAAAGGCAAAGGACGCAUCUAAACCGAAGGAAUUCAUCAAGACCGCUAUCUCAGUAGCCUCGGAUGAGGCCAGGAUUGCCUACAGCAAAUCCAGCGAGCUCACUUUUAACAGCCCAGAAGAGAAGGGAGCAUUUGAGGAUUGCAAAGUGCUGUUUGAAGAUGCCAUGGACGAAUUAGGGGAUGCCAUUUCUCAAAUUGGCAACACAACUGCUUCAGGGAAGAUUCGAACCGGUCUCUUGAACACUUGGCUGAGUGCAGUCAUAUCUUACCAGCAGACGUGUGUUGAUGGGUUUCCUGAUGGAAAAUUGAAGUCUGACUUGGAGAAGAUGUUGCAGGCCUCCAAGGAAUUCACCAGCAAUUCCUUGGCCAUGCUUUCACUCCUUUCCCAAUUCCAGCUACCGGUUACAGCAGCAGUUUCGGGAGCAAAACGUCGUCUUCUAGCACAGAACAAGGACAGGUUUCCUACCUGGAUGAGCCAUGAGGAGCGAAGGGUGUUGAAGAAAAACGAUGAGAAGCCCACACCUAAUGUGACUGUGGCAAAAGAUGGCAGUGGAAACUUCAAAACCAUUAGUGAAGCCUUGGCAGCCAUGCCUGCAAAAUAUGAAGGACGAUAUAUCAUCUACGUUAAAGGAGGAGUCUAUGAUGAGACUGUGAUUGUGACAAAAAAGAUGCCAAAUGUUACCAUAUACGGUGAUGGGUCACAGAAGAGCAUCAUCACAGGGAAUAAGAACUUCGCAGACGGAGUUAGGACAUUCCAAACUGCAUCUUUUGCGGCCUUAGGAGAAGGUUUUAUGGCAAAGUCCAUGGGAUUCAGAAACACGGCAGGUCCUGAGAAGCAUCAGGCAGUGGCAGCAAGAGUCCAAGCAGACCGUGCUAUUUUUCUCAACUGCCGAUUUGAAGGGUACCAAGACACCUUGUAUGCACAAACCCAUCGGCAGUUCUAUAAGAGCUGUGUUAUUUCAGGCACCGUUGAUUUCAUCUUUGGUGACGCUGCUGCUAUCUUUCAGAACUGCUUGAUCUACGUCCGGAAACCUAUGGAAAACCAACAAAACAUUGUUACUGCCCAGGGACGGACUGACAAACAGGAAACCACAGGAAUAGUUCUGCAGAAUUGCAAAAUCAUGCCUGACAAAGAUCUUGAGCCAGUAAAGUCUCAGUUCAAGACCUACCUCGGGAGGCCAUGGAAGGAAUUCUCAAGAACCAUAGUGAUGGACUCAACAAUUGAGGAUCUGAUUCACCCAGAUGGAUGGACACCAUGGCAAGGAGACUUUGCACUGAAAACGCUGUAUUAUGCAGAGUAUAACAACAAGGGACCAGGUGCCAAGACUGAUAACAGGGUCAAGUGGUCUGGAUACAAAGUCAUUGACAAGCAAGAGGCUAUGAAAUAUACUGUAGGGCCUUUCUUGAAAGGGAAUGCUUGGCUCAGGGUCAAGGGGGUUCCUGUUCGCUUCGGCCUAUCUGAAAACUAAGGAGUUCAUCUGUCGAACUGAGACGACGAGUAUCUGAUCAACAAGAGUGGAACAUCUGUGUCUGGAUUGAAAUGGUGAUGUUGUCAAUUUCUUGUUUCAAGUUGAUCAACAAGGCAGGGAAAUUGGCAUCCUGUUGUAUUUUUCAACACACUAAUAUAUAUUAGCCGUAACGAAAAGAAGGAAAAAAAAUGAAUUACGUAUGAGAACAAUUUGUUCAUCAUGUAGAUAAUUCAUUAAAUGCUAGGUUGUACCAGAGAACUGAAUGCUAGGUUUCCAUGUUUUCAAAAUUUUGCUUUAAUUGGAAAACUUCUUCCAGAAAGAGGAUAGACAUUUGUCCUGGUGGUGAGGGUGGAAUUAUAAAUUGUACAUGUGACGGAAAGGAUGUAUUGUUUGUGGUGCUGCAAAGUGGGAAAUGGACUCUGCCUUGUUUUUGGUGUUGUUUGACA